AUGCAGCUCCUUCCCACCUCCAUGGCAUCGGGACAACUUUCACUAGACGAAGAAGCCAGAUUAUACUCUACCAACUCGGAGAGAGAGAAAUACAAUCUCCAAGCGACUCUCUUUGGCAUCAUCGUUGCACUGGACUACCUUGAACGCGCUUACGUCCGUGAUUCCAUUACCGCAGCAGAAUAUUCUCCAGCAUGCACGAGGCUCCUCUCUCAGUACAAGACCAUGCUGAAGUUGGUAGGGGACGACGUACCAUCAACAGAGGAAUUCAUGAAGAGAUAUAACAUGGACAACCCAGCAGCACUGCACAGGGUAAAAGUCGGUGUCCCGGCCACGGUUGAACAUUCCAGUGAAGCGGGCCCUGAGACGGCGAAGUGGGUGGCAGAAACAACCCAGAACUUCAUCACGUUUAUGGAUGCUCUUAAACUACGAUUACGGGCCAAGGAUCAACUGCAUCCUAUGCUGCAAGAACUUGUGACUAGCUACGCUCGCUUCAAGGGCAGUAAAGACUGGGAGGGCCGAAGUAGAAUGGUUGGCUGGUUAAUCACCUUGAACGGAAUGAAGGCAUCGGAGGAGAUUACGGAAGAUCAAGCCCGGCAGUUAUCUUUCGAUAUCGAACAUGCGUACGCGGAAUUCUUCCGGAGUCUAAGUGGGAGUAAGGACGAUGGUUCAUAA